AUGUCGACCAGCCCCGGGCUUGCGUUCGCCAACCUCACACUUCUGCUGGACGUUCCGCAGCUUCCAGCGAUCUGGGCGGUCAAUGUGUGGAGAGAGGUCAAGGGAUUCUUCACCGAGAUGAGGACACUCGCCGGGACUGCUGACCUGCUGUAUCCGAACAAUCGCUACAACCCGCAGAACGAGCAGACGAACCGCAUGGGCCGCGCGCGGAAGUACAACAACGACGCCUGGAUGUUCGGGACUCCGUAUUGA